GGCGUGGUCAACAACACACUGCUGGACACGACUUUAGAAGCACUUUUGGAGGCUGACAAGACUGAAGCUGCUGAACAUGGAGGCCUCAAAGGAUGCUAUGUCAGAGCUGGAGAACGGCAUGGCCACUAUUAUCCGUGUUUUCCAUCGUUACUCGGGUGAGAAAGGCAAGCUGAAGAAGACAGAGCUUAAAGCACUUAUCAACAAUGAGAUGAGUCAUUUCGUGAUGAAAAUCCAGGAGAAUGCGAUUCUGGAUGAGCUUUUUGCCGAUCUCGACCAGAACGGAGAUCUGGAGAUCGACUUCAAGGAGUUCGUGACGCUCAUCGCCAUGGUCACCUCAGCAUGCCACGAAUUCCUCAACCCAGACUCCAGCGAUAACUAAACAAUAUGUACAGGAAUGACUCAUAAGUAUAGAGGUGAAUGAAGCAUGUCUGCAUUUUCCAGUCAGAUUCACGGAUUGGAAAUGAUUUAAGAUUAAAUGGUCAUUCUGACUGACUUGGACUAAAACUGGACAGCAACUAAAAAAAAGUUAUUUAUUGUUAUGAAUGUUUGUUUAAUGAAAUAAAUGCCUAGGUGCAUGCAACACAGA